AUGAUGCUAUUCAAUCUCGUUUUCCUGCUUUGGUGCUGGGCCGGCACCACUUCUACGUUGCCUGGCAAUGCACCAGAGAUCAUAGAGAGCCUGCGCGGUAUACCAAAGGGAUGGACUCAGAGAGAUGCACCUCCACAAACUGACAUGCUUGUCCUUCGCUUAGCCAUGGAUCAACCAAUGCUGGCCGAUUUCCACCAACUUGUGAACGACCUUUCCACCCCAGACUAUCCGUUGUAUGGCAAGCACCUCACCAAGAGAGAAGUGGAUGACAUACUUCAACCCUCAAGCGAAGUCAGCGAUGGGAUCGUAGCGUGGCUUAAGAAUGCAGGCGUUGCUGCUGAUUUCAUCAAGCUCUCCGGACACUGGAUCACGUUCCGCCUCAAUGUCGGGACAGCUGAGGCCCUCCUGGAUACCAAGUUCUACAAUUUUCACAAGGGAGAUGUCACAGUCAUACGUACCCUUCAGGACUCUGUGCUGUCGAUACUUCGAAACAAGAUUGAGACAAUACAGCCGACGAUUCGAUUCGGCAGUCCCAGGGCACAGGCUGAAUGGAUGAUGGACAACAGCGACGACUCUUCCCCCUUACAGAUAAAUCCUUCUGUGGGCAUAUACCAGAUGGACCCGUUUGAUCCACCGGCAAACGCCUUGAGAAUGGGACAUAUUGAAUUGGUCUCCAUCAACAAGGGUGUUGUAUCAUUCCAGGUCAGCACAAGUGCAGAAGCGAAUCUUGACGUUCAAUACGCCGCCGCUCUGACUGGAGGAACGCCGUUGGUAUACUUCUCGACUGGUGGACGAGCCCCCAUGAACAGCAACGCCGAUCAGCCAUCGGCUGCGAAUGGCACCAACGAGCCUUAUCUUGAUCAGCUGCACUUCUUGCUCGGCCUCAAUGAUUCACUGCUUCCAUCAGUUCUUUCCACGUCGUACGCAGAAGACGAAGAGACGGUACCUUACAGUUACGCAGUCCAGGUGUGCAACCUGUUCGCCCAGGUCGGUGCUCGUGGGGUGUCAGUCAUUUUCGCCAGUGGUGACACUGGGGUUGGAAGUGGUUGUCAAUCCAACGACGGAAAGAACACCCUCCGAUUCUCACCAUCUUUCCCAGCGAGCUGCCCAUGGGUAACAGCAGUGGGUGGUACGUAUAGUCUGAAUCCUGAGCUAGCCGCUGCGUUCACAUCAGGGGGGUUUUCAAACUAUUCUCCUCAGCCGACAUGGCAGACCGACACUAUGAAAGACUACUUCAACCAGCUCGGAGACAAGAACGAGGGGUACUACAACAUCUGGGGACGAGGGUAUCCAGAUGCCUCAGCGCAGGCUGUCCGAUAUCUGAUCUGGAACCAAGGUGGACCAGAAUAUGUGUAUGGUACCAGCUGUGCGGCUCCCACCUUUGCCGCCAUCAUCAACAAUCUCAACAACAUUCGAAUGACUCAGGGGAAGACGAAACUUGGCUUUCUCAAUCCUUGGCUAUACGUCCAAGGCAAUCAAGGCUUUACUGACAUUACCGUCGGAGCUUCGCGGGGCUGCAGUGGUGUCGACAUGUUUACUGGUCAGCCUGCUGGAAAGAUCAAGGAAGCUUCUUGGGAAGCAAUUGCUGGGUGGGAUCCUGUAACUGGAUGGGGAACGCCGAAUUAUGCAAAACUGAAGACUAUGGUGGCGAAGUUCUGA